CUGUAACUGGAGUACUUAGUACGGGCAGUCUAUAGCUUCUCCAUUGCCCGGUUUGCAAGCAAGGAAUUGAUGAACAAGCAUGGGGCUGGCCGGCCGUCUGGGCUUUGCGGGCAGGGCAAGGACGCCGCCAGCUACCACGUGCUGUCCUUCCUCCUCGGCGCCGCUCUCCCCACUGCCCUCCUCUUCUACCUCGCGUCCGACCGGCUCGGCGAGGGCUUGUCCAGCAUCUCACCGAGCAGCUGGGGGAGCAGCCGAACCCCGACGACCCAGCAGCUAGCCGGCGCCACUGAUCACACUGCUCCUACUUCUCCUACCUCCCAAGGUCAAGAGUCCGAAUUUGCAGAACUGGCUGAGCUGCUACCCAGAGUCGCCACCGACGACGACAGGACGGUGAUCCUCACGUCAGUGAACGAAGCAUUUGCGAGGCCUAACUCGUUGCUCGGCCUGUUCCGCGAGAGCUUCCGGGCCGGCGAGGGGACCGAGCACCUCCUUGACCAUGUCCUCGUCGUCGCGGUGGACGCCAUGGCGUUCGUCCACUGCAAGGCCGUGCACCCACACUGCUACCGCCUCGAGGUGGAUUCCGCCACGUACCUCAGCUCCGAGAGCAGCUUCUUGAGCGCGGCCUACGUGGAGCUCGUCUGGGCCAAGCUCUCGCUGCAGCAGCGCGUCCUCGAGCUCGGCUACAACUUCCUCUUCACGGACGUGGACGUCGUGUGGUUGCGCAACCCGUUCCGGCACAUCAGCGUGUACCCGGACAUGACGACGACGUCGAGCGACAUAUUCCACGGCGACGCAAACAGCCUCGACAACUGGCCCAACACCGGCUUCUACUACGUCAAGGCAACGAACCGGACGGUGGAGAUGCUGCGGCGGUGGCGGGCUGCGCGGAGGAGGUUCCCGCCGAACCACGAGCAGGCCAUAUUCAAUCAGAUCAAGCAUGAGCUCGCCGCCGACCUCGGGGUGCGCAUCCAGUUCCUCGACACGGCGCGUUCGCCGGCUUCUGCCGGAUCUUCCACAGUGACAUGGGCGCGCGUGCACCAUGCACGCCAACUGCUGCUUCGGGCUCGCUAACAAGCUGCACGACCUCAGGGAAGUGCUCGGCCAGUGGAGGAACUACACCGUCCUGCCGCCGCAGGAGAAGAAGAGCCGAAAGUUCAUCUGGAAGGAUCCCGGCAAGUGCGGAACGCCGGACAAAAAGAACUGGUCGAUAAAUACAUGAGAUCACGUAUCCCUAGAAGCGACUAGGGCACUGGACUGCCUGAUAUAAUUCUCGUUUUUCAACCACAAAUUGGUGAAACAAAUAAAAUGGUAUAUGUUGUUA